GCUAGCAGUGAACCCUACACUACCUAAAUGAGUCUGUAAGCGAUGGAGACAGUAGCUUCUUGGGCGAACUGUCUUACAAACCACUGCGGAUCGACGACUAUUGCAGUAGUUAUAGCAGUAGCCAUACUUCUUUAUUGGUAUGGCACAAGGACGCGUCGAAUCAUCGAAUCGGCUUUCCCCGGUAUACCUGGACCUAAGCCUUGGCCUUUCUUAGGGAAUUUGCCUGGGUUUCUACGCGAUAAAGGCCAAUUUCACCUUUAUCUUGAUACCAAUUACAAAAAAUAUGGUGGUAUGUUUUGCACCUCGUUYCUCGAUACRCCUCUYCUUGCUAUAUCUGAUACGAAGAUGAUCAAAGAUAUUUUGGUAAAGCACUUUGAUAAUUUCCAGGACCGUCCACCGAUGGUCGCCCUGCCUUCACCUAUGGACACAACGCUUGACAUAGCUUURGGCAAAACAUGGCAUCGUAUCCGAACUGUWCUAUCUCCUUCYUUUAGUUCCCAUAAACUCAAAUCGAUGAUUCCUCUGAUGAAUGAUACUUGUGACUCUUUGUUGAAAACGCUGGAUAAAGCUGCUAAAGCCGGGGAAAGUAUCGAUAUAUUAAAAUGCCAGCAGUCGUUGAGUAUCGAUACGAUUUUGUCUACGGCUUUCGGUGUCCAAGGUGACUACAUGAAUAACCAAGACGAUCCUUUGAUGAAAACAGCAUACCGAGCCAUGCACCCAGGACCGCUCAGCYUUGCUCUUCUGRUUAUCCUACCCAUGUUGCCUUUCGGACAGUCCUUAUUGCAAGUCAAAAGUUUAACGAAAUGGAUUUUUAGAGAGAACUGGAAGCUKCUCGGCAUUACGCGAAAAAUUGUCGAGUUGAGACGAAAGGAGGGUUCUAACAGAAAGGACUUUUUGGAUAUCAUGAUCAGCUCACAAGGCCCAGACGUGCCAGAAGACAAAAAGCUCAGCGAUGGCGAGAUUGCCAUGCAGUCAGUUWCGUUCAUAAUGGGUGGUUACGAUACAUCGAGCACGACUCUUGGGAUGCUGUGUUAUUACCUGGUCGCAAACCCUGAUAUCCAGGAACGUCUACAGCAAGAAGUUGACGACGUAUGGACGGAAGAAGAUGAAAUGCCGUCAUACGAAACAGUUCAGGARAUGCAGUACCUCGACAUGGUGAUCUCGGAAACCUUAAGACUCUGUCCUGCAGGUAACAUGCUUUGGCGUGACUGCACCAAAGAAUGUACCAUCGAAGGCAUAAAGUUCCCAAAAGGAUCUCUGGUCGUCGUCCCUGUCUACAGCAUACACAGGGACCCCAAUAUUUACCCCGAUCCGGACAAGUUCGACCCAGAAAGAUUCACGCCCGAAGCAAAGCAAUCACGUGACCCCUAUCACUAUYUACCAUUUGGAACCGGGCCUCGUAACUGCAUUGGAAUGAGAUUUGCGCUGAUGAUGAUCAAGUUGGUCGUUACCAGACUCCUGAAGAAAUUCACUUUGGUGACUACCGAGCAGACGGAAGAGCCCUAUUUGGAAUCGAAUUUGGCUCUUGGUCCUACAAAUAGGCUGAUAGUAGGGGUAAAGUACAGGGAACCCGCGUGUUCCUAACGGGUUAAAAACGACUAGCGAAUGAUAUGAUUUAUCCAGGCUUGUGUGGUUUUCGCUGCUUACGUUCGAAUGUCRAUGGCACAUGCUGUUAUGGAGAAGUCUUAGAAGAAAAACUUUCUUUAACAUAGCUUUURAAAUCAUAUGUCUGGUCCCUAAUGUGUAUCACUAGCAUUGCUYUACGUUGAUUCAGGUGUAAUAAACUAAAUGGUGUAAUUUGGUUGCAUUAAAAAAAUAUAUAUA